GCCCCGCCCCGCCCCGCCCCGCGGAGGCCCCACGGCAGGCCGGGCCGCGGCGCGCGGUGCCAUGGCGGCGCCGGGCGGGGAGGCGGCGGCGGCGGCCGGCGACGCGCUGUGGGCGGAGGUGCGGGCGCUGCUGCCCGGCGCCGAGGAGGCGCUGCCGCUGGCGCUGAGCGGCGCGGUGGAGGAGUGCGUCCCGCCGCUGCUGCGCCGCGCCCGCGCGCUGCUCUACGGCGCGGGCGACCCCCCGCGCGGGCCGGCGGCGGCGGCGCUGCGGCGCCUCGGCGACGUCCUGCGCGACUACGCGUGGGAGAAGCUGAACGCGGGGCCCUGGCGCGACGUCGGCAAGGCCUGGCGGCAGGUCUACGCCUACGGCUGCCUCUUCGGGGCGCUGGCCGAGGCGGCGGGCGGCGGGCCGCUGGCGCCGGCCGUGCGCCUCUGCGACCUGGGGCUGCUCAUGGGCGCCUCCGUCCUCGACAACGUCCUGGCGCGGCUCGUCCGCGUCCUGCAGGCGCACCUGCCCGGCGGGCCGCCCCGCGCCGCGGCCGCCGCCAGCGCACAGAGCGUCCGGGUUGACCCCCCUCCAACUCCUGUCAUACAGCCAGAAGACGCACUCCCGCAUCUUCACUGCCCCUCGCUGGAGCAUUUCAGAGACAACUACUUAAUUCCACAGAAGCCGGUUGUCUUAGAAGGAACUAUUGACCACUGGCCAUGCAUGACGAAGUGGAGUGUGGACUAUUUUUGUCAAGUUGCGGGGUGCCGCACAGUUCCUGUAGAACUGGGUUCCCGAUAUACAGAUGAGGAAUGGUCUCAGAAGCUCAUGACUGUCAAUGACUUCAUCAACCAGUAUAUCGUGAAUAAGAACAGGAUGGGAUACCUUGCCCAGCACCAGCUUUUUGAUCAGAUCCCAGAAUUGAAGCAGGAUAUCAGUAUCCCUGACUACUGCUGCCUGGGGGAAGGGGAAGAGGACGACAUCACCAUUAAUGCUUGGUUUGGCCCAGAAGGCACUAUUUCACCUCUUCAUCAGGAUCCUCAGCAAAACUUUUUAGCCCAGGUAUUUGGAAGAAAAUAUAUCCGUCUAUAUUCACCGCAAGAUUCUGAAAACCUAUAUCCACAUGAAAGCCAUAUUCUUCACAACACUAGUCAGGUCGAUGUGGAGGAUCCUGACUUUAUUAAGUUUCCCAAUUUUAGAAAUGCUGCAUCUCAGUCUUGUAUUCUGAUGCCUGGACAGAUUUUGUUUAUUCCAGUUAAAUACUGGCAUUAUGUACGAUCUCUUGAUAUCAGCUUCUCUUGAAACAAACAUGUCAGCACUGAUAAAAGGCGAAGCACUUUUGAAGUGGCAGAACCUCAUCUGCUUAGCGGAUCAGAAGAAUGAUCUCACACCCUUAAUAGAGAUGCAGUCCUUGGAAGGUACAGAUGAGCAAGCGUGCCCUCCUUAAGCAGAGAGUUUGGGGACCCGUCAUUUGCACAUCAGAGAAACAUCUAUUGGCUUUCAGUGAAAUCUGGGCAUUUGCUGCUUGAUGCAUCUUGGAAAAAUCUCUGCUAAAGCAUUGCAACAUAAGGAAAUGUGGCAGCAUGUUGGAGAUCUAUGAUGUGAUGCAUCCAGCAGAGAAGGAGUUGAGGUCUCAUCCUAACAAACAGUUGCAGCGUCCACCCACUUUCUGGCUCAUGAAGUAAAGGAGAUCUCCAGGUGUGCAAAGUGGCGCGUGCACUGUUGGUACAGGAGUUUUCAACAUGUUUGACCUCACUGCUUUUUCCAGGAAAUCCUAAAUGUUUCUGACAGCACUGACCACCUUGAAGAGCAUCUCUCUUGAUCCAAGCUUUAAGUAUAUUCUGCUGUUAAGUACAAGGGAUGUCUAGCAAACAUACAUAUUGUUCUGUGCAGACCUACCCAAGGACUUUUUGCUUGUAAAUGUACUACCUUUUCCUCAAAAAUCAUUGACUGGGGUGGCAAUAAGGACAGGCCCCCACAAAACCAUUUUUGCUGUUGUUCCAAAUGUUGCUCCAAUUUCUUCUAUUGCAUCCAUGGAAAAAUAUCUGGACCUAUUAAAAUACAAACACUUGGUAAGAUACA